GAGAAGGGGACGGCGCGGAAGGGGAUAGAAGGACGCGCAGCGGCAGCUGUGGCGGCGGCGGCUGUGGCGGCGGUGGCUGUGGCUGUGGCUGUGGCUGACUGGAGCUAGUCGGAGGAGGAGGCGCGGCUCCACCUGCCCCUCCAUGCCAACGACCUGUAUGGACGACCACCUCAGUCUCCUUCACUCGCCUCCGCCGUCCACCGCCAAGCAUCGGGGCAACAACAUCGUGAACCACGGCUACACCGACACCGAGCAGGACACCAUGACGGUCGUCGCCUGCGACAACAUGUUGGAGGAGACGGCGGCACUUCCCGGGCACCACUCCAUGGACCGCUACGAGCCCGACCACGAGUGCUGCGAGAGGGUGGUCAUCAACAUCUCGGGCUUGCGCUUCGAGACGCAGCUCAAAACUCUCUCACAGUUCCCGGAAACUUUGCUCGGGGACCCCAAGAAGAGGAUGCGCUACUUCGACCCGUUGAGGAAUGAGUACUUUUUCGACCGCAACCGACCGAGCUUCGACGCCAUCCUCUACUACUACCAGUCUGGGGGGCGCAUCCGGAGACCCGUGAACGUGCCCAUUGACAUCUUCUCCGAGGAGAUCCGUUUCUACGAGCUGGGCGAGGAAGCCAUGGAGAAAUUCCGCGAGGAUGAGGGCUUCAUCAAGGAGGAAGAGCGCCCCUUGCCUAGCAACGAGUUCCAGCGCCAGGUGUGGCUGCUCUUCGAGUACCCCGAGAGCUCGGGUCCAGCCAGGGGCAUCGCCAUCGUUUCCGUGCUUGUCAUCCUAAUAUCCAUCGUCAUAUUCUGCCUGGAGACUUUGCCUGAAUUUCGGGACGACAGGGAUCCCACCACCGUAGCGCCGCUCAUUAACGGCACAAGCCCUUACCUCACGAGCCCGUUCUCGGACCCCUUCUUCGUGGUGGAGACGCUGUGCAUCAUCUGGUUCUCUUUCGAACUGCUCGUCCGGUUCUUUGCAUGUCCCAGCAAAGCUACAUUUUCCAAGAACAUUAUGAAUAUCAUUGACAUCGUGGCCAUCAUUCCCUACUUCAUCACGCUGGGCACGGAGCUUGCGGAGCGCCAGGGGAACGGCCAGCAGGCCAUGUCCUUAGCCAUCCUCCGGGUCAUCAGGCUCGUGAGGGUCUUUCGCAUUUUCAAACUCUCGAGGCACUCCAAGGGGCUCCAGAUCCUGGGGCAGACCCUCAAGGCCAGCAUGAGGGAGCUGGGCCUAUUGAUCUUUUUCCUUUUCAUCGGAGUCAUCCUCUUCUCGAGCGCCGUUUACUUCGCCGAGGCGGAUGACCCGGAGUCGGGUUUCAACAGCAUCCCCGACGCGUUCUGGUGGGCCGUUGUCACCAUGACGACGGUGGGCUACGGAGACAUGCAUCCCGUUACCAUAGGGGGCAAAAUCGUGGGGUCCCUGUGCGCCAUCGCUGGAGUGUUAACUAUCGCCCUGCCGGUGCCGGUCAUCGUGUCCAACUUCAACUACUUCUACCACCGUGAGACGGAGGGCGAGGAGCAGGCGCAGUACCUGCACGUGGGCAGCUGCCAGCCGCUGUCCUCCACGGAGGAGCUGAAGAAGACGCGCAGCACGUCCUCACUCAGCAAGUCCGAGUACAUGGUGAUCGAGGAGGGCAUCAACAGUGCCUUCAAGCAGCCCAACUUCGCCACCCAGAACAACCAGAACUGCGUGAAUAUCAAGAAGAUGUUCACGGACGUGUAAAAAAAGAAUAAUUAAAGAAACAUCAAAACGCUAGAGACGUGGGGGAGGGGUGGGGGUGGUGUAGAUAACACCCACGACUUCUACUGCUAAUAAUCGUGACGUGUCUGUGUGCAAAAGUCUGUUGUGUGGAGGCAGCGUCGUAGGUAUAUACACAUGUGUCCUGUGCGUCCGCCAGCUGCAGCCCAGUUCGUCUCAUUUGCUCCAGAGGAACAAAAAAGAAAAAAUAGAACUAAAACAGUAGUUAAUGGCUCUCUGGGGUUCUAUAACAUGACUUCAAUGUCCAGCUUUUAUUUGUUCUGAUUAUUAUUUUUUUACGGAAUAUCAGUCAGCUGCACUUUACCGUGAUAAUUCUCGUUCAUUUCUUGUAUGAACAACAAAGGCGUUUGCUUCCAGUGUUAAUUCUAACCGUUCUACGUGGAAAGUAACUUUUACUACGUGCAGUGUCUUUAUUUAAUAACCGUAGAAGUAAUGUUAUAGAUUAAAAAAAAAAAAAAAAAAACAUCUAAAUGCAAUCCGAGGCAAGGAACUCUAAGUCGAUGUUUAGAGCUCAGCCAAACAUUGCUUGGAUAGACGAAGCUAUUAAAUAUGUACCUUAAACGUAAUGUAAUUAUUUUAAACAACAAAAAAAAAAAUACAAGGUAUGUGAACAUACGCACCAAGGGUGUGUUAGCGCCAUUCAUAGAUUUCUACUGUCAUUAAAGAGCAAUAGACAUGUUUGUUUCCAUCCGGAGGGGAAGAAAUAAUAGCUUUUCCAUUUCUCAUGAUGGAAUUUAUUCCAUUAUAAUAACAGACCACAGAUUUGCAAUCGCAUAGUCACCUCGGAUUUUUUUUUUUUUCUGUAAAUUGAUGUAGCUUCAUUAAGAUCGACACCUAAAUGGUAAAGAUGUGUUUUGUUUCUGUCCUCUGAGAUGCGUGACAACAGACAGACAGAAAGAAAGAAAGAAAGAAAGAAAGAAAGAAAGAAAGAAAGAAAGAAAAAGAAAAGAUGGGCGAAAUAACACGCCUUGCAAAGGGUGCUGCUAAUCCCGCCUAGAGUAAUAUUGUCUCCAUAGCGACCAUCGUUUCCCGGGUAACCCCCACCAGUGUUGCCAUGGAACCCUCGUCUGUUUCCACAGUAACCUUCCAGAUGGUUCGGAGUCCUGACCGAGGAUUUCAACCUUAAAGGCUCGUCUUGAAAGUCUGGCAGAAGAAUGGCAUCACCACCCGUGCGUAAAAAUGCGCACACGCAAGUGGGUAAAAACUGCCAAAACAAUUAAAGGUGGCCUGAUUAUUGCACAUAUUUAUAAACACUUUUUAAACAGGGACAACAAGACAGAUGACUGUUAUUAUAAGCAAAGCUCAUACAUCUAUGGAUGGAUCCCAAAUUCUUAGGUGUGACACCUGGACAUGAGGACACGGUUAAAGGAUAGAACUGAUUUGUUUGACUGGAAUCCACCGCGAUCUGUGAGGAUCAGAGGGAAAAUUUCCGUUCACAACUUCACACUAAGACAGCAAGUAUCGCCAAAGAAGGAAUGUUGUGGAACAUCUCCCCACGACACGGAUCUGAGAGCGCAUGCUGAGCAUCACGCUUCCGCGAGACGCUGGUUGACGCUCGAGGAAGGUGAUUUCGCUGCACCCCAAGUGGACGAGCUUGUUUUUUCGGAGCCCCAGUGCCAACUGUAGCCUUGCUCCCGUCGGGGCUGCGACACAGUCAGUGCUGCACAGGUCUGGAGUUGCCUCACGGGACCUUUCCCGAGUUCUGGACCAGAUGUUGCCCUACCAAACACGGGGCCGUAAGGAGAGAGGGGUACUGCCUCACCCUGAAUGCCUGAGAGAAGAGGUGCCUUCUGCAGCAGACCAUCAACGGCCUUUCACUCCAGCUGCCUCGCCCGGCCAAUCCGACUUUACAGCAUUGAACCAAUGUCCAGUGACAUAGCCCGGGACUUGUUCCACCCGACCAACGGACAAAACCGGAUCCGCUUUACAGUGCCUGAUCAGCGUUCAGUGACGUAGCCUGGGAUUACUCUGCUAGACCACGCGACCAACACACAUGGCAGCAUUCACGCUACUUGAUGAACAGAGAUACAUCUGAACCUGUUUCAAGAGACCGAUGGACAUAACUGGACCCACACUUGCAGAGGAAUGGACAUAGCCAGAUCCCCUGUACCUGGAAAAUGGACAUAUCUGGACCUACGCUUUCUGGUCAUAGAUAUCGUCUCUACUUUUGACCGUUGGAAGUGAGUCCACUCUCCCUGACCAGUGGACAAAGCCAGACCCACUGUCACUGACCAGUGUUAACAGGACUCUCUUUCCCAAUUCGGCCCUAUCACGGAGGGGAGGGGGGUCUUUCCCCUUGGAUCAAAGGCCUUCAGUGCUGUACUGACCACUGCCCUUGCUCUGUAUUCUGUGUCCCAUCAGUGUUCCCCUGCCAUUGUCCUGACCACGCAAUGUGCAGCCUGUGAGCAGAGAGACGCCCCAGUCCUGCUUGGCCCAUCUACUGCAGUGUAACCGCGUGCUCUUGUCUUUAAUGUGAAUUCAUAAACAGAUCAGCGUACAAAAUUCCCUUGGCCUUGAUUCCCUUGAUUUGCUCAUCGUCCUUCAU